CAACAACGUAGUUUAGUUGCUAGACAUGAGUUGCUUGGCUUUAGCCAACUUUCUGUGACACAAUGCCCAAAAAGAAGGAUAAGAAAAGCGGCGACAAACAAGAUGAAGCCAAGAAAACAUCGAAAAAGGAAAGUUCUGAAACGCCUGCAGUUAAAACCGGGUCUGACGACAAAGAGAAGGAUUUAUAUCUGACUCAAAUACGAUAUUUGAACGAGCAGUUGGAGAGAUAUCAGCCGAAAUGUGAUCAACUGGAGAGGCAGAAGAAGGACUUAAACUUUCAGUACAGUGCACUGGAGAAGGAGAAAAAGGACAUUGUUGAGUAUCUGAAACGCUCCCUGAUGAAAAAGGAGGACGAGGUGGAUGAGCUGACAGAGCUUCUGGAGAGUCAGCGGCAGGCUGCCGAUAAUGACAGAGACUCUCUGCAGCUGCAGCACAGUCUGCUGAGGCAAGAGCUUCAAGACCGGAUUGAAGAACUCAACGCCGAAAACACGACACUCGUGACGAGGCUGGCUAAUCUGGAGGAGUUUCAGAAGCAGAAGGAGCAGCUGACGUCCAACAUGGAGUCUCUGGAGAAGCAGCUGGCCAAUCAGAACGAGGAACACAACGCUGCUAUCCACAGCCUGGAGAUGAAAGCACUGCUGGAAAAGAAGAGGUUAGAGAAGGAGAUGGAGAGCCAUGUGGCGGCCAUGGCGGCAGAGGUACAGCACCUGGUGGACCAGAAGGUCCCAGAGACGACCAGGUUGGCCCUUCAGGAGAACUCGGAGGUCAAGGCUCAGAUCAGCCAGCUGUCAGAGCAGACACAUGUCCUGAUGGAGGAGAACUCGGCCCUGCGGGAGCGUAAGAGUCGGCUCAGUGUGGAUGUGGAUAUCCUGGAGCAAAUGCUCAGCGAGACGUCCCGCAAGAGCUGCAUCCGCAAGAAGGUGGUGGAGCAGCUUACAGAAAAGUGUCAGCAGCUGCAGGCGGAGCUGAAGGACUGUAAGCGAGAACUCGAGCAGCUUCAGACGAAACACACAGGAGUCCUGGCUGAGAUGGAGGCACUCAGACAGGACCGGACCUCGCUGUCCGAGCAGUGCAGUAAAAACAGAGCCAAGGUGAGCGGACAGGAGGCAGAGCUACAGCAGGAGAGGAAGAGGAGGAGCAGGAUGAAGAGCAUCAUGCAGGAGGCAGCCAUCACUCUCAGACAAGCCCUGAUGGAUGCUCCUACAGACCAGGGCUCGGAGGUGGACUCUGUUGUCCGGUGGAAGCAGCUGAUGGAGAAGCUGCUGGUGGUCUUGGACCGGCCCACACCCACCAACACCACCGCAGAGAAGGACCAGCUGGAUGAGCAGCAGACCUCUGACCCUGCAGCAGACAGAGAAGUGACCCUGAAUCCAGCUUUGAGUUUUCAGUUCGAGCUGGCCCGCUACAGGCCAGGUGACCUAGGCCUCGUACCCCGCCCCGCACUGAAACACAAACUCUCCAGGAUGGGAGCAGCUGGGUCCAGCAGCACCCACGUGCCUCUGCACAGGUUUGUUAGGGUCUCCACAUACACCUACUUUAGUUUCCUUUGUCAGCACUGUCGACAACUGAAUGUAGAAACAGAAAAUGAUGGUGAUAAUAGAUAAACGGGCUCUGGAGGAAAGAAUACCGCCUGUAGAGUCUUUAAUCUCAGGCGACAUUAGGCCAAUAUGGAGGAAUUGGGAGAACUUGCUUGGACGCGUGUUCUGCGCGCCAAUAUUUAAAGUCCACAAUUUGUUUGGAUUUCGGUGCUGUGACCCAUUUACUUUCUGUAACGGCCUGCUUACCGUCACGCAAGCAUAGAGUCCAUUUUCAUUUCUGGUUUAGUUUCCUUGUCAAACAACUGAAACCCUGACCAAACUGACAUGACAAACACGACUGACCCGACUGACACGGUAAAAAGCGGUCUGCUUUCCCCGUUUUCCACACACCUGUGUACCUGUGGCUGAUUAGCUUUAUGCCUUCCCAAAGGCCAUGUUCCACCCAGUGCUCAAACAUAAAACUGCACCUUGACAUAACAAAUAUGGAAGCAUAUACAAACAAAGUGGUGAAAUGGCUCCAACAUCACCCUUGUGUUAAAUAUAGAAUUCCUUUUACAAACAAUAUACAGUAUAUAUUUCAGAGAAAAAGAAUUACCAUUACUAUCAUUCACCCCAUUUUAAAUUGAUAGAGGCUAUACUUUUGAUAUUUAAGGAUGAUUUGUUUGUUGUUGUGUUGGAAAUAUGCGCUUCAAUAUAUUUUUCACUUUUACUUCUGUUGCUCUUUCCAUGCCCUCAGGAAGCCCUCCAGUCAGAAAACCGCCAGCUCCAAUAACCGGACUGAUUCAGCUGUCCGAAACUUAUUCUCUAAACCCAAAUAACAACAAAACUAGAUUCCUAUUCUAACCCUUCAUACAGCAUCUCCAAAAUACAGAGGAGCCAGUCUGUUGCCAUUUCCCCCUUCAGUCCUUUGCAAAUUACUCAAAUUCAUAUUUCUUAUGUGUUUCGUGUUGUGCCAGAAGGAACAAAUUAUGAUGAAUGUCUGUCACAGCAGACAAAAUAAGGAUGUAGCAGUAAAACACCCGAGUGUUUUUAAUGGAGCGACCAAGGGUUUCUUUAAGUCUAUUAAUUCAGCUGGUCAUUAAUCAAAGAAUGAAUGUGCCAUUUCUUUAGUCUAAAAGUCAGUGUCUCACUUACUUUUCUAAUGAUGUUUCCAAAUCCUCAAUAUCUCACUUCAAAAUUAUAGUUUAGGUUCAGCGAUCAUGAUUUCCUGACUAAACAGUUGACUGUUACUGUGAGCUCCUGUAUGUGCAGCCAACAGUGGUGGAAGAAGUAGGCUACUCCAAUUUUUUACUUAAGUAAAAGCAUUAAAAAGUUUACUUUAGUAAAAAUACAAAAGUAUUAGCAUCAAUAGGUCUUCAAAGUACAAAAACUAAAAAGUACUCAUUACGCAGAAUGACCCAUUUCAGAAUCGUAAACAUAUUAUUGGAUAAUAAUUACUGAUGCAUUAAUGUGUUCAUCACUAAUGUUGCAGCUGGGAAAGGUGGGGUAAUUUAAAUGACUAUGUACUGCUGGGUAGCUUGUCAAUUCCCACCCGGGGUUUUAUCUUAAUCUGUUAUAUUAUACAUCUGAAUCUGUGAAGUAACUAAUAACUAGUAAAGUUGUGCCAAAAAGAGAGGCUGUUACCAUGCUAUCCUUGUCUUUUGAAUUAACAAAAGGUCAAAAUAUUGAUUUAGUUUGAGGUCAUUCUGCUUUGAUUUAUAUUUUGAGUCUGUUUGUCUUCUUCUGCUUCACAUUUGUAUUUUAGGCAUUUGUUUUACACGUGUUUAUGAAUGUUGAUGAAAUGUUAUGUUUUGUAUUUCACUGUUUCUGAUCAUCACCUAAGAUUAAGUGAGCAUGUCAUAUAAUGAUCUGUGUUUUCAUCACAGUCAUCGGAGAUGUGUUUAAUGUAUAAAAAAAAUGAACUGCUGUUUUCUAUGCAUCCAGUGUGCAGUUUUUAGAGCACUUUGCUAAAUGUUGGACAGAAAGAUGGGUCGUCUUUGUCUAGAAAUAAAAGGAGUGAAGAAAAAAAAAA